AUGACUUUUAUUGGCGUCGAAUUUAUUACUAGUGAUCUUGAUGAAGCAUCAAUUGCUUUAGUACAUCGUUCAUGGUUAACACCACGAAAAAAAGAGGUUUGGUGGCCUCCGUAUAAAACUGGUGCACAAUUUAAGAAAGCACUCAUCCUUGAAGAAAAACCAAAAGAUGAAACAUGGACAUUAUACGAUGAAUAUCAGAAAGCUAAUAAGAAACUAAAAAAGUGUGAAGAAUUUUCUGAUGUACAGUCUUCUACAGUGGAAGAUAAAGAGCAAUCAAAAAAAAGACAGCCAAAACGAAAUUCUAAAUACAUAUCUACAAGUGAAGAAGAAGAUGAUGAAAAUGACCAUUCUUUACAUCGACCACCAAAGAUUUCCACAUUUGCACAUGCGCUACAAGAUAAACAAAGAUCUUUAACACCAGUGCCAGUGUCUAUGACAUCAAAAGGCCCUCCAGAAACAGAUAAUACUAUUACUAGGAGAUUAAAGGAUAUAAAUUCUUUAAAUAGAAUCACAAUACCAUCACCAUCUUUAUCUGUUUCCACAAACAUCAGUUCUCGAUCAGAGUCUGUAAAUUCAACUCUUAUUAAUGAAUCGUAUGGAGGACCAUAUUUUCGUAGCUUUACUGAACAAAUUUUUACUGAAAUAAAAAAAGUUCGAGAACAAGUUAAAGAAAUUUAUGGAAUAUUAAGGCAUUCUAACACUCAAGGUGGCAUACUCUCUAUCCCAGAUGAUUGUCCUGUUGAAUUUCCAUUGAAAACACGCGAAGAAUUGCAACUAUUAGAAAAUUAUUUUAGCUCCCGUGAAAAUAAACACGCUGUGUCAUUGUUCUUAUCAACAUUAGGAGGUGACACUACUACUGCAAGAACUAAUAAAAUUUUAAAAUACGUUUUCACUAACGAACUUGCGAAAAGUUUCAACUUUGCAGGACAAAAAAAUAAGGAAGCUUUUGAAAAGCUUUCUUUGAAAACUGUGGUAGUCCGUGGUGUGCAAAUAAAAUCACCUUCAACCACAGAAAAAGAUAUUGAAGAUGCAAUCAAAACUUGGUUAAAACACGCUUCUGAUAGAUUAAAGGAAAGUUUGAAAAGAAAACAUCGAGAAAGGUUAUAAAUAUUGUAUUAUAUUGUAC